CCGCCGGCCGGACCACCGAUCCCAGGGGGCCCCGCGGCGCCGCGCACGCGCACUGGCGAGGGGGCAGCGCCGCCGCAGGAGGCAGGGAAACCGACUGGCGAUCUGUGGCGGCGGCUGGGCGGCGGUGGCAGUUCGCAGCGAGGGCGACGGCUCGGAGGCCGAGCGGCCGUCCGGCGGGGACCUGGGCGCCGUCCUCCGCAUGACCUCCUCGGUAUGUCUGUGACAAGUGUGUAUUGUGUCAUGGAAGACCAGAAGAAGGUGUCAGAUUCCCUGGGACUGGAGUUACAGACAGCAGUGAGCUUCCGUUUGGAACUGAACCUGGGUCCUCUGAAUGAGCAGCCAAUGCUCUUAACCAAAUUUGAAGGAGUUGAGAUUCUUUAUAUAGUCCUGAAGUCCAACUAAAACUUACCUUGCCAGAUAGUGGGAAGCUUCCCAAGAGAACUUGACAAUGUCUGCACUCUGAUUUACAUGUGAAAGGAAAAAACUGACUGCACAGAAUUGCUCUCUGAUCCUCUGUGGACACUGUGGCAUGUGCCAGACUGCCAAUACAUUGAUGAUGAUGGUGAUGAUCCUGCUGCUGCUGAUGAUAAAUUUGAGAUGUUUCCCUAAUUGGCUGACCUGGAAUGUUCUAUGUACACCAAACUGGUCUUGAACUUACCUGCCUCUACCUCCUGAGUGCUAGAAAUAAAGUGAUCAGCCUUUGUACCUUUUCCGAAUUCAAAGAUGGUGAAGCUAGAUAUCCACACUCUGGCCCACCACCUCAAACAGGAGCGCUUGUACGUGAGCUCUGAGAAACAGCUCAUUCAGAGGCUAAACGCAGAUGUGCUGAAGACAGCUGAAAAGCUGUAUCGAACGGCGUGGAUUGCAAAGCAACAGAGGAUUAAUUUGGAUCGUCUUAUUAUAACCAGUGCUGAAGCGUCCCCUGCUGAGUGUUGCCAGCAUGCCAAGAUUUUGGAAGAUACACAGUUUGUUGAUGGAUAUAAGCAAUUGGGAUUUCAGGAAACAGCUUAUGGAGAAUUCUUGAGUCGGUUAAGAGAAAAUCCUCGUCUUAUUGCCUCCUCUUUGGUUGCUGGAGAAAAACUCAAUCAAGAGAACACACAAAGCGUUAUCUACACAGUUUUUACCUCCUUGUAUGGCAACUGUAUUAUGCAAGAAGAUGAAAACUACCUCCUUCAGGUUUUACGAUACUUGAUUGAAUUUGAACUGAAAGAAAGUGACAACCCCAGGCGGCUUUUGAGGAGAGGAACUUGUGCCUUCAGCAUCUUAUUUAAACUGUUUUCUGAAGGACUGUUUUCUGCCAAACUUUUUCUUACGGCUACUUUACACGAGCCCAUCAUGCAGCUCCUUGUGGAAGAUGAAGACCAUCUGGAAACAGACCCUAACAAGCUAACGGAGAGGUUCUCCCCAGCGCAGCAGGAAAAGCUCUUUGGAGAGAAAGGCUCAGACAGAUUCAGGCAAAAGGUUCAAGAGAUGGUGGAUUCCAAUGAGGCCAAACUGGUGGCUUUGGUGAACAAAUUUAUUGGCUAUCUCAAACAGAACACUUACUGCUUUCCACAUAGUCUGAGGUGGAUUGUGUCACAGAUGUACAAAACUCUCUCUUGUGUAGACAGACUGGAGGUCGGGGAAGUCAGAGCCAUGUGCACCGAUCUUCUGUUGGCUUGCUUCAUUUGUCCCGCAGUUGUCAAUCCAGAGCAGUAUGGAAUAAUAUCUGAUGCUCCUAUCAAUGAGGUGGCGAGAUUUAACUUGAUGCAGGUCGGCCGCCUUCUGCAGCAGUUAGCAAUGACUGGCACCGAAGAAGGAGAUCCUCGGACCAAAAACAGCCUUGGAAAAUUUGACAAAAGCUGUGUCGCUGCUUUCCUUGAUGUCGUGAUUGGGGGCCGCGCAGUGGAGACUCCACCAAUGAACUCCGUUAAUCUUCUGGAAGGCUUGAGCAGAACUGUGGUUUAUAUAAGUUACAGUCAGCUUAUUACUCUGGUGAACUUUAUGAAGAGUGUGAUGUCUGGAGACGAGCUGAAGGAAGAUAGAAUGGCUCUUGACAGCUUGUUGGCAAGCCUGCCCCAGGCUAAGCCAGGGAAGAGCAGCAGUCUAGACGUCACCCCCUACAGCACUCCUCAGAUGUCUCCAGCAGCCACCCCAGCCAACAAAAAGAACCGGUUACCUAUAGCAACUCGGAGCAGAAGCCGAAGUAAUAUGCUAAUGGACUUACAUAUGGACCAUGAAGGGUCAUCUCAAGAAACCAUCCAGGAGGUACAACCAGAAGAAGUGCUGGUCAUUUCCUUAGGGACAGGUCCCCAACUUACUCCAGGGAUGAUGUCAGAAAAUGAGGUCCUAAACAUGCAGCUCUCAGAUGGAGGACAAGGAGAUGUCCCUGUUGAUGAAAACAAACUCCACGGUAAACCUGACAAAACCUUGCGCUUUUCCCUCUGCAGUGAUAAUCUGGAAGGCAUAUCUGAAGGCCCUUCUAAUCGCUCCAAUUCAGUAUCUUCUCUUGACCUGGAAGGAGAGUCUGUGUCUGAACUUGGGGCUGGACCUUCUGGGAGUAAUGGAGUAGAAGCCCUGCAGCUGCUAGAACACGAGCAAGCUACAACUCAAGAUAAUCUUGAUGAUAAACUGAGGAAGUUUGAGAUUCGUGACAUGAUGGGACUAACAGAUGAUAGGGACAUAUCAGAGACAGUGAGUGAGACCUGGAGCACCGAUGUCCUGGGAAGUGACUUUGACCCGAACGUGGAUGAAGAUCGUUUACAAGAGAUUGCAGGUGCAGCAGCAGAGAAUGUGUUAGGCAGUUUGCUGUGCCUCCCAGGUUCAGGGUCAGUUCUCCUUGACCCUUGCACUGGCUCUACCAUAUCAGAGACCACAAGUGAAGCUUGGAGUGUAGAGGUAUUGCCAAGUGACUCAGAGGCUCCAGACUUAAAGCAGGAGGAGCGGCUUCAAGAGCUUGAGAGCUGUUCUGGACUGGGCAGCACGUCUGAUGAUACGGAUGUCAGGGAGGUCAGUUCCCGCCCCAGCACACCAGGCCUCAGUGUUGUGUCCGGUAUAAGUGCUACAUCAGAGGAUAUUCCCAAUAAGAUUGAAGACCUGAGGUCUGAGUGCAGCUCUGAUUUUGGGGGUAAAGAUUCUGUAACUAGUCCAGACAUGGAUGACAUAGCCCAUGGUGCCCACCAGCUGACCUCUCCUCCCUCGCAGUCAGAGUCUCUGCUUGCCAUGUUUGAUCCACUGUCUUCACACGAAGGGGCCUCUGCUGUGGUAAGGCCGAAGGUUCACUAUGCCCGACCCUCGCACCCACCCCCGGAUCCUCCAAUCCUGGAAGGUGCAGUGGGAGGGAAUGAGGCCAGGCUGCCCACCUUUGGUUCUCACGUUUUAACCGCAGCUGAAAUGGAGGCAUUCAGGCAGAGGCAUUCUUACCCUGAGAGACUGGUUCGCAGCAGGAGCUCUGACGUAGUGUCUUCUGUGCGGCGGCCCAUGAGUGACCCCAGUUGCAACCGCCGUUCUGGGAACGAUGAGCUCCCUCCAGCUGCAGCCACGGGUGCUACUUCUUUGAUGGCUGCACCUCAUUCGUCAUCUUCUUCUCCGAGUAAGGACUCUUCAAGAGGAGAGGCUGAAGAGCGCAAGGAUAGUGAUGAUGAGAGAUCAGACAGGAGCAGGCCUUGGUGGAGAAAACGCUUCGUGUCAGCUAUGCCUAAAGCUCCUAUACCAUUUAGAAAGAAAGAAAAACAAGAAAAAGACAAAGAUGAUCUGGGGCCUGACAGAUUCUCAACACUCACAGAUGAGCCCAGCCCUAGGCUCAGUGCACAGACUCAGGUUGCUGAAGAUAUUCUGGACAAAUAUCGGAACGCCAUUAAACGGACCAGCCCCAGUGAAGGAGCAAUGGCCAAUGACGAGAGUGCAGAGGUCAUGGGUGAUGGUGAAAGUGCUCAGGACUCUCCCCGGGAUGAAGCACUGCAGAACAUCUCUGCCGACGACCUCCCAGACUCUGCCAGCCAAGCCGCCCACCCCCAGGAUGCUGCUUUCUCUUACAGAGACGUAAAAAAGAAGCUGAGGCUUGCUCUCUGCUCUGCGGACUCGGUGGCCUUUCCAGUGCUAACCCACUCGACAAGGAACGGACUGCCUGACCACACAGACCCAGAAGACAAUGAAAUUGUAUGCUUCUUAAAAGUUCAAAUAGCUGAAGCAAUUAAUUUACAAGAUAAGAACUUAAUGGCUCAACUUCAAGAAACAAUGCGUUGUGUGUGCCGCUUUGACAAUAGGACUUGUAGGAAGCUGCUGGCAUCCAUUGCUGAAGACUACAGGAAAAGAGCCCCAUAUAUUGCUUAUCUCACCCGCUGUCGACAAGGACUGCAGACCACACAGGCUCACUUGGAAAGGCUCUUGCAAAGAGUUUUGCGGGACAAAGAGGUGGCCAAUCGGUAUUUUACCACUGUGUGUGUACGGUUACUGCUUGAGAGCAAAGAAAAGAAGAUCAGGGAGUUCAUUCAAGACUUUCAGAAACUUACUGCCGCUGACGAUAAAACUGCUCAAGUGGAGGACUUUCUGCAGUUUCUGUAUGGUGCGAUGGCUCAGGAUGUCAUAUGGCAGAACGCCAGUGAGGAGCAGCUGCAGGAUGCCCAGCUGGCCAUCGAGCGCAGUGUGAUGAAUCGGAUCUUCAAGCUUGCUUUCUACCCUAACCAGGACGGGGACAUUCUCCGUGACCAGGUUCUGCAUGAACACAUCCAGAGACUGUCAAAAGUGGUGACUGCCAACCACAGAGCCCUGCAGAUUCCAGAGGUUUAUCUUCGUGAGGCCCCGUGGCCAUCAGCACAGUCAGAGAUCAGGACAAUAAGUGCUUACAAGACUCCGCGGGACAAAGUGCAGUGCAUCCUGAGGAUGUGCUCCACCAUCAUGAACCUCCUCAGUCUGGCCAACGAGGACUCUGUCCCUGGGGCAGAUGACUUUGUCCCUGUGCUGGUGUUCGUGCUGAUAAAGGCCAACCCGCCCUGCCUGCUGUCCACUGUGCAGUACAUCAGCAGCUUCUACGCCAGCUGUCUGUCUGGAGAGGAGUCCUACUGGUGGAUGCAGUUCACAGCCGCCGUGGAGUUUAUUAAAACCAUCGAUGACAGGAAGUGACCAAGACCAGGUCCACCAAGGCAUCGGACUGUUGCCAGGAAACAGAUCUCUAAGACAGUGUGAAGAUUGUUUUGUCUAAUAUGUACAGCUUCCAGACGUUUCCACUGGCUCUUCCCAAGCAGAUUAACAAGCUAACACGCUGGUUCUCUCUCCUUUCAACCUUCCUGAGUUGCGUAUUUUAUUUCUUGUCCCCAAGUAGAGAGUAGUACUGCAAAAGGGACCAUGUUUUUUCCAGGUGUUUUAAAAUAUUAAAAAAAAAAAAAAAAAAAAACCCAGAAUCUUUUAGGAAACGUCCAGAUCUCCUUUCAUGGGUCCCUAUUUGUCCCUUUCAUUUUAGAAAGAACAGUGUGUGUCUUGUAAGACCCUGUCUCACAGCAUUGGAGCAGGAGGCCAGCUGCACUGAGGGUUUCAGGAGUGUACGCUACAGCCCUUCCCAUAGAUACACUCUCCUGAGUCGAAAGUGAAGAAGGAAAUGUAAAUAUAAUAUAUAUUUAUAUUUGAUGUAAUAUGGGCAUCUUCAGACUCUAAUAAACAAGGACAGUUGCUGAGAGUAGGCUGUGAUAUUCCCUCUUGUGAAAUGGUUUCCUUGACAAAAUUUAAGCUGAGCUUAAAAGCAAAACCAGAAAUAUUUAUUAGUGUGUAAUAGUUCAUUACUCUCCAUGUGUGGAGUUUGCUGGGGAAGUCAUGUAGGCAUGUGCCACCGUGGACAUGUGUUGAGCCUGCACACCAGGACAGACCCUGUCAUGCAUUACAUAGGACGAGCAGUUCAUGGCCAGGUGUGCCAUGCCCUUUGCCCCUACACACUUGAGUAGAAGCCACAGACAGGGUCCCUUUCAGACCCUUAAUUGUCAUCUGUUUUUGAUGAUUAUUCACAUUGAAUGCACAGACCAGGAAUUCAGUGAAUGUCAUUUUUUAAAACUAAUUUGUAUCGUCUGCUCUACUGAUCCAGGUUUUACUAGUGUUAAACUAUUUUGAUCAGCCACACUAUUCUUAUGUGAAAAAAAAAAUCUAUUUUGGCAGGUUUCUGUGCCUUUAUUGCCCUCUUCUGGAAAAAAAAAAAGUGUUUCCGUAGUUUGGUUUGCAUUGUACAUCAGCAGUUAAUCAGAAUGGGCUUUGGUGCUGGAGAAGCUGGCCGAGGACCCACACCAAAGCCUCAAGCACAAGUCUUGUACAUAGGCCGUCACUGGCUGGUUCCACCUUGUGUGUUCCUGACUGUGAUCAGCUGUUCUGAAAAAUGCCGCGAUCCCACACUGUCAUGUCCCUUGUUGCUGGCAGCAGUGCAGGCAUCUUGUAAGGGACCUGUGCCACAGACACGAGCAGAUGGGUAGAGAACUCGGCCACACUGUGCCAAAGGAAGCUGGGCUUCUUCAUGUUUUCACCUCUUCCCGCCCCUGAAAACCCCAUAGGAAUUUACACAGGAAUGUGGGUGUGCUGUCUGCCUUUAGGGGGGAUCAAAACGAGAGCCACAAAAUAUACUUUCAAAUGUUGGGUCAGGAAAGCCAUGUUCUUCGUGGGCUGUCAUUGUCAACCUCACCUUGGUGUCAGACGAUCCAUCCCAUCAUACGUACAUUGCAAGCCAAGCUAUGGCAUGGUUCGGCGAUGAGGUGGGGUCUGACAUCUGCUUCAGCAUUGGAUGUUAAGUCAACAGAAGAUUUUUGAAUAGUUAAAAUUCAUUGUUAAUGGGACUUAACUUGUAAAUCAAUGAGAGAUUUCUCUCUCUCUAUGUGUAAUGGUAGCUAAACAUAUUCCAUGUUACCACUGUGGAAAUAAACAUGAAGAUGUGGA